AAUUCCUAAAUUCGUAAAUUGACACGAAAGCACUAGUCUUCGAGUUUAUUUUUAUUUGUUGCUAUACUGCAACUCCAACAUGGAUUUGGUCGUUCUUUUUGGAAUAGCUGUAGCGCUGUUAGUUGUAUUAUUAACGCUACUCUUCGUUUCGAAAAGAAAGAAUGGAUCUGCAGGUGCAGAACAAAACGAACAAGACGCAAAUGUUCCACGUCGGGCACAAGUUGUUCGGAAUCAACGCAAUAGGGCACGGGUAGCGGCUGCAGCCGUUGAAGAAGAAGCUGAAAAUGAUUCGGACCAGGAUGUCAUACCUAGAGCAACUCAAGACCUCAAUGCUGAGAAAAUGGGUGCUAAAAAACGAGCUAAGCUCGAAGCUAAGGCUGAGAAAAAGGCACAACGCGAGGUAGAACUAAAGUUACGCGACGAGCAAAAGAAAAAGGAUGCACUUGAGGAAGAGGAAAGAAAACGCCAGGAAGAGAGAGAAGCAGCGGAAGAAAGGAAACGUGAAGAAUUGGAGAAGAAAAAACAAGAAGAAAGAGAAAAGAGGGAAUACGAGGAAUAUCUCAAAAUGAAAGAAGCGUUCAGUGUCGAAGAGGAAGGUUAUGACCAGGAGGAAGAAAACGAAAAAGGAAAUAUGUUGCAGGAGUUUCUUAGGUUUAUUAAGGAAAACAAAGUUGUAGUUCUGGAGGAUUUAGCUGUUCAGUUUCGACUCAAAACACAAGCGGUCAUUGACAGAAUAGUGGAACUACAAAAAGAUGGUCAACUUAGUGGAGUCAUAGAUGAUAGAGGAAAGUUCAUAUAUAUUUCGGAAGAAGAACUUCAUUCAGUUGCUAAAUUUAUCAAACAACGUGGUAGAGUUUCGAUAACAGAGCUUGCUGAAAACAGCAACAGUCUAAUAAAUUUAACUCCAUUGACUGUAGUGGUUGAGUAAAACGCCAA